AUGGCGCCAGGCCCAUCCGUGCCUCUUGAAAUCAAGUAUGCCCAUGCAUCUGAGCUGCAUGCACUUGUGGGCGUUGAAAUUCGCUCUUUUUCCUCAUCCAAGUAUAUGCACAGCACAUAUAAGGGGUGUGAUCCAUUGGCAGUUCAUACCUUCAAGACAGUCUCUUCUCUCGAGUAUUUUACUAAAUCGGAGUGCCAUAUUCUAGCGGGAGCCGACUCUGAAGCCGGCGAUAUCAUCGCAUACAGCCGCUGGAAUAUACCAGCUAUCUACAAGUUCGAAAGAGCAGUAGACGUAGGCCUGAGCGACGAGGCACAAGUGGAGUUGCAGAAUGUGUGGGCUUAUUCCCCACGGAUGAACAAGGGCACCUACAUGUUCUACGAGGAAAUGAUCAAGCGUAGUAGGGACAUACAUCUCAAGAAAACUGAUAUUGUCCUUGAACUACUAUGCGUCUUACCAGAGUAUCAAAGAAUGGGAAUAGGCAGCUCGUUUCUCAGAUGGGGUAUGGAGAAAGCAGACGCCAGUAACGCCCGAAUCUAUCUGGAAGCUACAAUGGAGGGAGUGCCAGCGUAUUUGAAGUACGGAUGGAAGAUCGUCGAGGAAAUUAAAUUGGAUUACACAGAGCGUGGCGGAGAAGGAAGUCAGAAGUUCGCAUUGAUGAUUAGAGAGCCGCGGACAGCGUAA